AUGCUAAACGAAUUGAUAAAUGAUUCUGGAUGUCGCUUGGUUGGUAGCAGCUGUGGAGAAAAUAUGGUACUCGAAAUAUUUUCAAAGCUCAAUGGAUCAUGCGUUGACAAAUGUGUUUGUGCAAAUAAUUCUGUGGAAAAUGAUACAGGAUGCGUCAAGUGUGAUUGGGAGGAGGAUGACUCAGAUGAUGCGGAUGAUAAUAAUGAUGAUAGUGAUGAUAAUGCCACUUCUUAUUAUCCUACGCAAACCUAUAGAUUGGGCCAAAGGAUUUAUGAUAAAAGAUGUAUUAUAAGUGGCCAAACCUGUGGCAUUAAUAUGCUCUUCGAAACCAUCAAUCAUGUGAAAAACGCUUAUUGUAUCCAAAAAUGCGUAUGUGACCGCCAUUCAAAAGAAAAAAAUGGAGAAUGUAUCGCAAAACAAAAUUCAGAGUGUGCCAAAAAUCUAAGGAAAGCAUUAAAAAAGAGAAAAGACAAAGAAAUAAGGUGUAUUCGAACUGGAACAUGCAAGCUGAACAAAAUAUUUUACGAAAUACAAUGCAUACUACAAGAAUAUUCCUGUGGACCAAAUAUGCAACUGGUUGUGAUUGACAAAAGGCCCUCCAAUAAUGUCAAUCGUUGGAAAUGUGUCAUGCAAUGUCAAUGUGUCUAUGGAUAUAUUGAAACAAGCAAUCGAUGCUCUGAAAUAAUCAAAGGAGUGAAAGAGAGGAUGAAUUGCAUGCGUGGCAGAUGCUCGCUUAAUGAAGCAGUGCAAGAUAACGGUUGUUCGUUAAAAGAUCAAUUCUGUGGACAAAACAUGAAAUUCGCCUUAAUAAAACAAUCCACGUACCGUAAUCAUAUUUCCUGUAUUGUACAAUGCAAAUGUGAAGAAGGAUUUGAAGAAGAAAAUGGCCAAUGCAUCAGAGAAUAUAUGGAAAGAAGUAUUUGCAUACGAGAAGAAUGCACGCUUAAUGAAAUAGUCUAUGACAUUAGUUGUUCACUAAAUGGUCGCUUCUGUGGACAGAAUAUGAUAUUCAUUCUAAUUAAACGAUCCAAGUACCAACAUUGUAUUGUGCUAUGCAAGUGUGCAGAGGGCUAUAAGGAAGAAAAUGGCCAAUGCAUUGGACAACAUGAAAAAACGAGACAACAUGGAAGAAGAACAAAAAAUAUUUGCUUGGAAAACGGUUGUAAAGCGGGGAUGACAAUCCAUGAUGAAGGAUGCCAUUUGACUGGAGAAAAAUGUGGAAACAAUAUGAUAUUCACGGUGGUCAGUAGUGGAGUUCGUCGCAGAACAUAUUCGAUUUAUUGCACACAGCGAUGUAGUUGCAUAAAUUCUGACUUCUUUGAAAGAAAUUCUGGUUGUGAAAAAGAAAGUACCACUGAUGAUUUAUCGAGUACCACUUCGCUUUAUGCCAUUACUAAUGGAAUGCACGAUUUUAAAAUGUAUAUAGGGAAAGAAUACCAUCUUGGCGAAGAAAUUUCUGAUCUCGGUUGUCGUUUAAGAAAUCUUGAAUGUGGAAUCAAUAAGAAAUUCAUUACUGUUGAGGAAUUUUCUGCCGAACACGAUCCAAAUAUUAAAGGAUGUAUCGAACGGUGUAGCUGUAUUUUGGCGGAAGCUGGUGAUUGCAUGCAAAAUUUAUAA